UAAAGUGCGAUACCCAUGGUUUAGCCAUGGUGGAGCUCUUAUGGGAUGGACACGAUAUUUCCCCUUCUCUUGAUAUCACUCGAUGAUUCUUUCAAUUGCCCGCGUAUUUGUAUCUCGGAUGCAAGCAUCCCGUGUCUUCGGACGUGCCAUGACUGCCGACCGUUGUGGGACGGAUGAAAAUCUCAAUUUUUUCAACGUUGAUCAAAAGCCGUCAUCUUUUAUGUGCGUCUCAGCAGCUAAAGAUGCGGGCUUCCUUCCUUCGUUAUCGGUGCGAUUUCUGUCCAGUUGUGCUUCGCGUAUUUUUCAAUCUCUAGUGAUAAUGUGGCGCCGUUUUAUUUUUUCUGAAGAUUUAUUGCUGCCAUCCAUUUAUAGGUCUUAAUUGUUAAAGCGUCGUAGGCUGAACUCUGACGGAACCCUCGUGGAUUAUAUGGUCUGUUAUUAAAACGAAUGUGAAUCAUGUGUAAGAGUACUCCUGAAACUGACUGCAAGUAACUGAACGAUAUUAGAUUGCCUUAAUCGUAGUGAACUAUGUUGAACUUUUUGUAUGUCAUAGGAUUAAAGUGAAAGUGACAAUGUUAUGGAAUCAAGAUUAUUUUGUUACUAUUUUAGUUAUUAAAUGUUAUGACGGUAGAUAGUGAAAUAGAAAACUACUUAACAUUUACAGUGUUCCGUAUCCGAAGCAUUUGCAAAGCAUGUUUUAAACGUUGCGGUAGUAAGUGAAGUUCCAUGAAAAUAAAAUGUCCAGUGGCAAACAGAUUCAGUGUCCUCAAAUGAAAACAACAGUUUAAACAACAUCAUCAAUAACAAUACCGGAAACGCCGGACUCAAUGCUAGUGCCAACAGCAAUAGCAGUUGUAGUGCUAGUAAAACAUUCUCUCUACAAGCAACCUGUUCACCACCGGUGCAAUCGACCACAGCUGUGAUUACACCACUAGCAACCUCCGGCUUGCCGACAAUAAUGGGUGCAUCUCUUGCGGAGCGGUUAGUUGCCGCUGUAGGCGUGGGGGCAGCCGCAGAAGCCCUUUCCAUGCCUGCAUCUACUAUGACAACGACGACAACGUCAGUGGGAUCGGCAAAUACGGUCCCCACGUUAUGUGGUCAGUGUUGCAACCCCAUCUGCGAUCGAUACAUAAUGAAAGUGGUAGACAUUUCAUACCAUGAACGCUGUUUACAGUGCACAUCCUGCUCCAUCCGACUGAUGCACUCCUGUUUUAUGCGUGACGGCAAACUAUACUGCCGGUUCGACUAUGAAAGAUUGUACGGUCGCAACAGAUGCCUCGGAUGUGGUGAAAAGAUUAGCGCAGACGAGCUGGUAAUGCGAGCACUCGAUAAUGUAUUUCAUCUUAAAUGCUUCAUCUGUGUGGUAUGCGGUGUUCGACUGCAAAAAGGCGAUCAAUACGUCAUCAAGCAGAGCCAGCUGUUUUGUCGGCCUGACUACGAGAAGGAAGUAGAAAUGUUCCAAGGAUAUAGCUAUGAUGAUUAUUGCUGUGAUGAUAUUUUUCAAACGAGAAUCGACGGACGGCGUGGUCCUAAGCGUCCUAGGACUAUUCUCACAACGCAGCAGCGAAGGGCAUUUAAGGCUUCAUUCGAAGUUUCGCCGAAACCGUGCAGAAAGAUUCGAGAAGGUUUGGCAAAGGAUACCGGACUAAGUAUACGGAUAGUGCAGGUAUGGUUUCAAAAUCAGCGAGCCAAAAUGAAGAAAAUUCAGAAGAAGCAGCUUAAGGAGGGUGGCAAAGGUAACCAUAACAACGGUAGCAAGGGGAAUGAAUCUCAGGACGAAUUAUCCGAAAAUGAAACUAAGUUAUCACUAAAAAUUAAGGACGAAAACUCAAGAUCAAACAAUUAUCUUCACGACAGUUGUAGUGACACUGAAGGAGGAAUUAACGACAAUGAUUCCUUUGGCUCGCGUAUCAGCUCCGGUGCAGAGGCAUUCAAGCCGGUCAAGGAAGAACUCGACAUGGAUGAGGAGUAUUUUCGGAUGAUGAACACUGCUGCUCGAUUCGGAGCAAAAGGCUUUGAAGACCCAUCAACAAUCGUGAAAAGCGAAAAUAUUCCACUCAGUGCGAUGAUGGGCAUGGAGUACUCUUCGCUGCAACAACUGACAACGUCGAUGACUCCACCCCACUCUCAGUUGUUGAACCCGAUUGACCGGCUAUAUUCAAUGCAAAACUCAUACUUUUGCAACCCAGAUGGCAGUAGUCCGGGUGGUAACGUGAAUGCUGGAAACAAUACCGCGACUGAGCUGCCACCCAACCAUCUCCAUCAUCCGCAUCAUCUACUGUCAAGCACUCUUCAUCACCAUCAGGGACCUCCGGGAAACACCGGAACAGCACCCGUUACCGGAUUGAAUCUCCAGCCACCACCAGCACACCACGGAAAUCACGGUCAUCCGUUACAUCCCCUUCAACAGCAUGCUCAUCAUCAUCAUCAGCAGCAUCAGUAGCAACAAUCGUGAAUCAAUUAGUACUUUUCAAAAUAUAAACAUGUGAUUUAGCAGUGAAAUUCAAGGCGAUAAAGAAGGAGCAAGAAUUACAGUCUAAAAGGAAUUAACAAACAUUGUAAUCAAAUUAAUACUACAUAUUAUGAAGUGAAUUGUUUUAGUGAUAAUAAUCGAUUAUAAAUACUCUCUUUUUAAUCAGUGAACAUUUCGAUGCAAAUAGGAAUUCUAUAGCUAACAAUCUGCUAAUUUCAUGGACAUUGUGUUCAGACGGGGAGAGGGAAAGUCAAAUUAGUCAAACGAAUUGAAGACGUGAUUGACAAUUGAGAUUGGUGACUGAUUUAUUACCAUUUGGGUGUAAAUAGCAAUAUUGUUCACAUGACUUUGAUUUUCGAGCAUGCCAUUUGGAGGUUCACUUAGCAAGUAUGCCUGGUGGAUACUCAAAUUGAAUUAUUAGGUAAGUAAGUAAUGUCUAAUGAAGCUUCAACUGUAAAUAUGUAUUAAUAUACACACUGUAAGAGCUUUUCUUGAAACGCAAAAUGUAUAUUGUUAUUGGUGUGAGUUAUAUUCGUGUAGUUCAAUUAUGAAAACUAAUUAAA